UCCGGGAAAGGCCGUUAGCGGGCUGCCCCUCUCCGCAGCGCUGGAAGCUUCGCCAUGCUCGCCCUCCGGAGCAGCCUGAGCAGGGUUCUGGCCGCGCGGCCGGCUGCGCUUCAGGUGUGUUCAUCGUUUGCCUCAGGCCCCAGACAGUGCGAUGGGACAUUCUAUGAAUUUCGUUCUUAUUACCUUAAACCCUCAAAGAUGAAUGAGUUCCUAGAAAAUAUGAAGAAAUACAUUCAUCUUCGGACAGCUCACUCUGAACUGAUUGGCUACUGGAGCAUAGAAUUCGGAGGCAGAACGAAUAGAGUGUUUCAUAUUUGGAAGUACGAUAAUUUUGCUCAUCGAGCUGAGGUUCGGAAAGCUUUGGCCAAAGAUAAGGAAUGGCAAGAACAAUUCCUCAUUCCCAAUUUGCUUCAUAUGGAAAAACAAGUGUGUGACAUUACUUACCUGGUACCAUGGUGCAAAAUAGAAAAGCCUCCAAAAGAAGGAGUCUAUGAACUGGUUACUUUUCAGAUGAAACCUGGUGGACCAGCUCUGUGGGCUGAUGCAUUUCAAAAGGCAGUUAAUUCCCAUGUGAAUCUACAGUACAACAAACUCAUUGGAGUUUUCCACACAGAAUAUGGAGAACUCAACAGAGUUCAUGUUCUUUGGUGGAAUGAGAGUCCAGAUAGCCGUGCAGCUGGGAGACAUCAAUCUCAUGAGGACCCCCGAGUCGUUGCAGCUGUCCGGGAAAGUGCCAACUACCUCGAAUCACAACAGAACAUGCUCCUGAUUCCUGCAUCCUUUUCCCCGUUGAAAUAGUUCCCUGCUGCGAUGAGACAUGUCACUGAGCAUUGUCUGAGCUCUGUGCUGAUGGUGCUUAACUUCGUCUAGGAGCUGCUUUCUUCCCCUUGAAUAGGUGCCAAGUUAAUUGGCUAUGUCCCUUGCAUUACUGAAAGCUACCCUUGUCCUUGUCAUUUACACUUCAGGAAAUCGGUCUCUUCAUUUCUUCUGUCGCAUUUCAAUAUCUGUUCUACAUUAGAAAUAGCUAUCUUGCAACAUAUGUAUUAACUCCCAAGUUACAGCAAA